CUCCCCGGUCCUCGCUCCCCGGGUGCCGGGAGCUCCCGCCGUUGCGCCGCUGCUGAGGCUGGUGCUGGGGCAGACCCGCGGCCGCAGACGGCAUGACGAGCGAGGUGAUAGAAGACGAGAAGCAAUUCUACUCCAAGGCCAAGACGUACUGGAAGGAGGUCCCGCCCACGGUGGACGGCAUGCUCGGGGGGUACGGCCACAUCUCCGGCAUCGACAUCAGCAGCUCCCGGAAGUUCCUGCAGAGGUUUUUGAGGGAUGGCCCCAACAAGACGGGCACUUCCUGUGCCCUGGACUGUGGCGCCGGCAUCGGGAGGAUCACCAAGCGGCUGCUCCUGCCCCUCUUCGGCGUGGUGGACAUGGUGGAUGUGACUGAGGACUUUCUGGUCAAAGCCAGGACCUACCUGGGCGAGGAGGGCAAGAGGGUGAGGAACUACUUCUGCUGCGGCCUCCAGGACUUCAGCCCGGAGCCCAGCUCCUACGACGUCAUCUGGAUCCAGUGGGUGAUAGGCCACCUGACCGAUCAGCACCUGGCCGAGUUCCUGCGGCGCUGCAAGCUGGGCCUGCGCCCCAAUGGCAUCAUAGUUAUCAAGGACAACAUGGCCCAGGAGGGCGUGAUCCUGGACGACGUGGACAGCAGCGUGUGCCGGGACCUCGAGGUGGUCCACAGGAUCAUCCACAACGCUGGCCUCAGCCUCCUCGCCCAGGAGCGGCAAGAGAACCUCCCUGAGGAAAUCUACCACGUCUACAGCUUGGCCCUGAGAUGAGGGGCUGCCAGGAGAGACCAGGAACCUGCGCGGGGUGGGGUCAGCAGUGAGAUCCUGAGCCCCCACACCAGGG